CAGGAAAAGAUGACCUUACUGUGGGCACAACUACAAGUGGAAGAGUGAAUUUUUACCCCUGGACAAUAGAUAAUAAAUAUUAUUCUGCAGAUAUUCACCUCUGUGUAGUCCCAAACACAUUUCUUGUUACUGGAGAUAUUGCUGAAUCUGUGCAAGCGUUUGUCGUGUACUUCGACAGCACAAUAAAAUCUGGACUUGAUAGUGUCUCUGAAUGGCUUCCCCUGACAGAAGAGUGGUUACCAGAAGUCAUGAUCCUGGUUUGUAACAGAGUAUCUGAAAAUGGUGUUAACAGACAGAAGGCUCAAGAGUGGUGCAUCAAGCAUGGCUUUGAACUGGUAGAACUUAGCCCUGAGGAACUUCCUGAUGAAGAUGAUGACUUUCCAGAGUCCACCGGAGUGAAACGAAUUGUACAAGCCUUGAAUGCCAAUGUGUGGUCCAACGUAGUCAUGAAGAACGACAGGACCCAGGGCUUUGGUCUUCUCAGUACAUUAGCGGGUGCGAACCAUAGCGUUGGGUCAGAAGAGAGCCAAGAUACAGAAUCCAAUCCAUCACCAGCAGACAGAGAAGAAUCCCAUUUAGACAACAGAGAAGAUGGAGCUAGCACAAACAACCUACAGAUUGACAGCAUUGUAGAUCCCAUGUUAGAUAUGGACAUUCAGGAGUUAGCCAGCCUAACCACGAGAGAUGGGGACCUGGAGAACUUUGAAAGGCUGUUCUCAAAGCUGAAAGAAAUGAAAGAUAAAGCUGCAACGUUGCCUCAUGAACAAAGAAAACUACAUGCGGAAAAGGUGGCCAAAGCAUUCUGGAUGGCAAUUGGAGGAGACAGAGAUGAAAUCGAAGGUCUCUCCUCAGAGGAAGAAAACUAAGUUCUUCUGUAGCUGUAAGCGACAGAGCCAAUCCCAAAAGAGUGCUCUUUUCCCACAAUGAGUGUUUAUUGCAAAAAGCCCCAUUUAGCUUUAGUUGCUUUCUUUGGUUAAAGGAUUCCCUGCAUCGUUGUAGUAAGUAACACAUUCCACAACACCUAAUGGUUAGCGUCCUUUUGUCUGACUGUUCAUUUGUUCUCUCUCAGAGAAUUUUGGAAGGCGAUGCAUGCAGUUGCAGGAAAUAAUAAUUAGUUUACAUUUUUCAAAUUAACAUCUUUCUUGUGUCUUUUGAGUUUAAAUAAAUAAAUUUACUACCAGUUAUCUUUCUACAUACGGCUGGUGGUUGUUAACUGAUUGCCUAAUUCUACAGUCAACAUUUUCGAUGUAGGCCUGUUUGAUGUUUUUAUGUAGCUUUAUAGCUGACUGACUAGUUAAAGCAAACCAGAUUUGUAUGAGCCAUGAAGAG